UCUAACUAUUCAGAUUAUACAAACAUAAAUGAAAGUGUGACAACUCAACAAAUUUGGUUAAAAUGGCUGCAAAUGGGCCAAAGUGUACCGCAGUUGAUUGUGAUGAUGCAAAUAAAAGCUUGAAGGACCCAAUAAAUGUGGCUGUAACUGGCGCUGCUGGGCAGGUAGCCUAUUCACUGCUUUAUAUGAUUGGCCGAGGUGAAGCUUUUGGGAAGGAUCAGUCAAUCAACCUUAACUUAUUUGACGUUAAUUCAAUGAUGCGAUCACUUGAAGGAGUAGCAAUGGAACUUGAAGACUGCGCCUUACCACUAGUAAAUAACAUCCUUCUAGCUCCGGAUGUGGAAACGUGCUUCAAAGAUGCGGCGGCCAUAUUUCUUAUCGGGAGUAGUGUUCGAAUCGAGGGCAUGAAUCGUAAAUCACUGUUCCAGGCAAGUGUGCCCAUUUUUAAGGAACAGGCGGAAGCUAUUAACCAGGUAGCGUUGAAAGAUGUUAAGGUUUUGGUAUUAGCGAACCCCUGUAAUACUAAUGCUUACGUAUGUUCGCACUAUGCGACAUGUAUUCCGAAAGAGAAUUUCUCCGCUUUAUCGAGACUAGACCAUAACCGAACUAAGGUGCAAAUUGCUCGGAGGUUGGGGAUACCAGCGCAAGACGUUCAAAACGUCGUCAUAUGGGGAGGUCGCUCGGGUACUCAAUUCCCUGAUAUACGUCAUGCAACUGUUUCGUAUAAUGGAGUAUUGCAGUCAGCUGUGUCUGCGUUAGCCGAUGAGAAGUUUCUUCAAAAUACAAUUGUAACUUCUAUUCAGAAACGAAACCCAGCUAUACUUGCUGCUCGAAAACUCGCUUCAGCAAUGUCGCAAGCGAAAGCAGCUUGUGAUCAAAUGCACGAUUGGUGGAAUGGUACCAGGCGAGGUGAAUUUGUGUCCAUGUCCGUUUUAUCCGAUGGCAGUUAUGGUAUACCAAAAGAUAUAUUUUAUUCGUUCCCGGUGCAAAUUCGUAAUAAAAAAUGGCGUAUUGUGAAAGGAUUACCUAUUGAUGAGUUCGCAAGGGAAAAAUUAGACGCCUCAGCUCGAGAAUUGGUUGAAGAAAAAGAGGAAGCCUUGGCGCUGUGUGAAGAAGUAGACGUUGACCAGGGAGGAACACUGACAUCUUAAGGAUGUUCAUCAAUAAAUUGCGUCUCUUUUGUUUUUAAUUUUCAUGACGUUAAUCUGAAAAC